CAAAGCCAUUCUCCUCUCGCAGCGAUGGCUUAUGUAGCUAUCCCGUACAAAAGCUGAGGUCGGCCUCGGCCAAAUUAAACAACUCCCUCCUCCCUCUCCACUACCUCCAUCCUAUCCUGCACCACCAUCAACACCACCAUCACAUCUCUGCUACCAUCAUGGCUUCAACCCUGUCCGCAGCCAACCCCUCAGUCUGGUACCGCCCCGACUAUGGCGCUAGACUCAAACCCUCGACCCGGUUCGUCUACAACAACUGGAGCGAGAUCCCCGACGAGGAACUCCCCACCCACCUCCACAGCAUCCGCAACCGCGCCUGGCCGCUAGGCAACUACCCCUGCAUCGGGAUGUGGAUCUUCCUCCUACCGGGGCUAGCCGGGUUCCCCGAAUUCGACAGCCUCGUCGCCCAGGCGCGCGGCCAAUCCACCUCCGAAUCCUCCGUAAUCCUCGACCUCGGCACAGGACUAGGCCAGGAUCUGCGCCUGCUGGCCGCCCACGGCGUCCCGACCACGCGCAUGGUCGCCGUCGACCGCGAGCCGCGCCUCUGGCAGCUGGGGUACGAGCUCUUCAAGGACACCGAUCGCAUGCAGGCGCGGUUCAUCGAGGGGGAUUUCCACACCAUGCCGGACGCGGCGCUGGCCCCCGUGCAGGGGAACGUCGAUCUGGUGAUCGCGGCGCAGUUCCUGCAUCUGUUCAGCCUGGCGGGCCAGCAGGCGGCCUGCAAGCGGAUCGUCGCGCUCUCGAGGCCCGGGACCACGGUCGUCGGGUUCCAGCAGGGGCGGCAGCAGCCCGUCGAGUAUGUCAGGCCGUGGGGGGUGACGUUCUACCAGAAUCGGGAGUCUUUUGUGAAGAUGUGGGGGGCGGUGCAGGCGGAGACGGGGACGCGGUGGGAGGUCGUGGUGAGGGAGGUCGAGUUGGAGGAGUGGGGGAUGGAGGCGGAGGAUGUCGCGUGGAUGGAGGGGGUGAAGUUCGGGAUCGAGUUUGUGAUUACUCGCGUGUCGUAGGUUGGAGGCUGGGUGUUUGGGUUUUGGAUUGGAGAUGCUGCGUCUUGGGCUUGGUCAUCAGAGAGGUUUGUUUGGAGGGAUUGGAUCGAGGGAUACUGACUCGUUUGGAGUGGUCAAUGAUGUACGAUUUUGAUGAACUUGGUUGGCCCUAGGAGGGUGGUGCGAUGAGUUGGAUGUAUUGUGAAUUAUCGCUGCAAGGUACGAACCGGAAUGUCCAUUCCAUCCUAAAUUCGGUGUAGCUGAUCACCUCGGUGGCUUGCCUACAAUCACAAUCAGAACCUG